ACGACAGAGGGAGAGACAGGACGACAGGUCUCUUUGUCUCUUUGUGUCUCUUUACAUUAUGAAUGUAAACUUCAUAUCAAAAUGUUUUACUCCCUGAACUACGAAGACAGACAUUCCACAUGCACACACACACACACACACACAUCUGGAUGCCAUCAGUAGAGGAGGGGGUCGACACCGGCAGCUGUGAGAUCAGAUAACACAAACUGCUGCUGUAAAACCACAGAACUGUUAGCAGAAGAGGAAGAGAGCUGCUCUCUUGACGUGAGUCAAAAAACCUCCAAAACUUUAAAAAAGAAAAAGGAACGUUGUAAGAACUGGAAAAAAGAAGAAGAAGCAGAAGAAGAAGGAGAAGAAGGAGAAGAAGAAGAAGAAGCAGUAGGGAGAACUGAAGGGAGAGAAGAAGAUGAAGCUCUUUUUCUGGACUCUUGUCUUGGUCUCGCUGCUCUCAGUCGUCUGCAGCGUCUCUCCAAUGUCUCGUCCUGCAGACGAAUGUUCCAGCAUGUCCCUCCGUCUGCGGGCGUUCCGGCUGAAGACAAACUGUAACUUCACCACUCUGAAGGAGAAGCAGCUGAAAGAGAUCCAGGCUCCGACCACCAACCUGUACCUGCCGGUCCUCUACCUAGUGGCCUUCGUUGUGGGUCUGCCCUCCAACCUGCUGGCUCUGUGGGUUCUGCUGUUCAGGACCAAACCUCUGCCCUCCACCACGCUGCUCAUCAACCUCACCGCCGCCGACUGCCUGCUGCUGCUGGUGCUGCCGUUUCGCAUCGUGUACCACUUCAGAGGGAACCACUGGGAGCUGGGCGAACCCUUCUGCCGCGUCGUCAUGGCGAUGUUCUACGGCAACAUGUACGGGUCCGUGCUGUGUCUUGCGCUGGUAGCUCUGGACCGAUACAUCGCCUUGGUUCACCCAUUUGGCGCCAAGAUGCUGCGCAGCCGGCGGACGUCUCUUUACAUGACGGCCGCCGUGUGGGCGGCGGUUUUUGCCGCCAUGCUGCCGCUGCUGGCGACGCAGCAGACCUACGUGCUGGAUGAGCUGCAGAUCACCACCUGCCACGACGCGCUGCCCGAGGAGGAGCAGGAGAACUUCUUCCUGCCGUACUUCGCCACCUUGUUCACCUUCUGCUUCCUGCUUCCUUUCCUGGUGGUGCUGUACUGCCACGGCGCCGUGCUGCGCACGCUGCUGGCCGAGGGGAAGAGGUACGGCCACGCCGUCCGGGUGACGGUGCUGGUGCUGCUGGUCUUCAUCGUAUGUCUACUGCCAAGCAACAUCCUCCUCCUCCUCACCUACGCAGACAGCUCGCUGGACGGGGACGGCGAGGACAUCUACGUCCCCUACAUGGUUAGCUUAGCAGUUAGCACCUUCAAUAGCUGCAUCGACCCCUUCAUCUUCUACUUUGUGUCGGUGGAGUUCAGGGAGAAGGCCAGGGACGCUCUGUGUUGCCGUGGCGACUCAGAGGAGAAGCAGUCCUCUCUGGGGAACAAGGUGUCGUACUCUUCAUCAUCAUCAGGCCUUAGGUCAAAGGUCACCGUGCUGUCCACGUCCAGUGAGUUUGGCACGUCAGAGAUGUGAGGAGGCAUCACACCAGUCUGGCUGCAACUAUUGAUUAUUUUGAUUAGCGAUUAAUCUGCCAAUUAUUUUCCAAACUAUCCAAUUAUUGUUUGUUCUAUAAAAUGUCAGAAAUAUAAAAAAAUGUCCCAGAUGUCUUCAAAUGUCUUGUUUUGUUUGAUCGUCAUAUGAACAGAGAAAAGCAGCACAUUUUUGAAGGAAAAACUACUUUAACGAUUAAUUGAUUCUCAAAAUAGUUAAAAAAUAUAUAUAUUUCUCCGUCGAUUGACUAAUAGUCGCAGCUCUAGUGUCGUCCUCACAGCUAAGAUUAAAGUCUCAGAAAUAAAUGUUGGACUGCUCCUUUAAACUGAGAACAUGUUGAUAUGAAGUAAGAAUUGAUACCUGGUGACUUGAUUGAUUGUAGAAUCUGAUCAUAAU